AUGAAUCUCAGAUCGAAGAAAAGCGCGACAAAACCGGCCAAAGCGGCGAAAAAUGCUCGUGCGAAGCCUGCGACCCGGCCCAAGGGCCCCGAGAAAAGUGUUAACACCCCGCUUGUGCCCAGAGCCAGGAAAAAGAAGAGUGUCAACUACGCCGAAAGCAGUCUAGAAGUGACCCGAACCGAGGCAACUGACCCGGUUAAAGUGCCCAUUUACAAGCAGCCGCUCAAAGACACGCCGAAGAAGCGCAAAGGAGACCUGUACGAGUUUGACUCAGACAGCGAAAAGUACAAGAAGAAGAGGAGACAGAAGGGCGAUGAGGACUCAAGUCUGGACGAAUACAACAAGACGAUCGCUGGUAUUUUACGAAACAUCAAAAAAAGGGCACAAAAGCGGGCUAGGAAACGUAUCUACACCGUCAAAAAAACCGAAAAGAAGGUGCAAAAGGAGAAGGUUCCAGUAGUACUAUUGGAGCGAAUCCCGCUCGAAAAACUACAAAAAAUCGCAAGACCUGAACAUGAAACAAUAACCGAUGAUUUUUUCAAUUUCGACGUGAACGAAAACCUCGACAGCCCCAAAAUAAAUAUUCUCAGUGACGUCCAGCUGCAGCCCCCUUGCGAGUUGAACUUGAGCCUUGCCAGCCCCGCGUUGUUCAAGCAAGGGCGACCUGACGCCAACAGCACCAUGGUCAAUGUUUUAACACCGUGGCGUUUCAACGAAGUCAACAUUCGGCGUAACCCCCACUUUAUCACCCUCAAAGAGUCGGCCCUGCCUAGCAUCAACCAAGAAAUGGUCCUGGACCACACCAUUGUGGACAAAUUCCACGAGAUUGAAAACACGCCAAUGCGGAAACAGCCAGAAAGCCGCAAAACGCAGAAAAGCAUCACUGAUUAUUUUCCCAAUAACGACGACAAGGAAAAUGUUAACACCACCCAGAGCAGUCUCUUUGACAACGACCAGCUCAGUCCGCUGAAAAACAGGUCCACGUUUGAGAGAGUUAACACAGUUAAGCGGAGGAUUUUGGGCGAACGGAGCGAAAAUGUGUGCGCAAAUAACGUGUCAAACUUUGGGUUUACUUCGAUUGAAGAUGAGGGCACUGAGGAGGCUUUGCCGGGCAGGAACAGUGACCAGAAACCGUUCAGGUUUUCUGUGUGUGAGAACGACAAGAAAUACGUGCGAAAGCGCAAAGUUAGAAUUGUGGAAAAGUUACCGUCAAGUGAUGACGAAAGUGAAGAGAGUUUAAGUGAUGUUGAGAGCCGAAGUGGUGAAGUGCGGCUGUUUGAAGACUUUGAACCCACGCAGGAGUUUCGAGAGUUACAGGACGAUAAAACCAUCACAAAGAAGAAGAAGAUUGAUAAUAAGAAACAUAGGAAACGUAAAGAUGAAAUGACUAAAGAAGAGGAACAAGAGUAUGAAAAGUGGGCGUCCGCCUUUAAUUCCAUGUGUGAACAGGUGGAGGAGUUUCCGUUAGAAAUCGAAUAAGAGCUUUAGGGCGACUGAGCGUUUUAUUUAUUUUUAUAUUCUCUUUGUUUUAACGUGUCAUUGUGUGACUGUUUUUGCCACAACUACUUUAUUUAUGUUAUUUUAUGAAUUAUUAUCCUUAGAAACUGGAUUUAUUUAAUUUACAAUUACUUUUAUUUAUGGGAAUGUACAACAGAUGCGUUUUAUCCAUUUAUAUCGAAUUCAAAACGUAACAAUAAAAAAUCAAAUUGAAA